AUGGCGCUUUCCGUGAAACUGGAAGGCGUGAAACAAGUUCCAUGGUUUUCACUAACAGAAUGGCAUCAAGUGUACCAACAAGUCUAUUCCAAUGAUACAGCUGAACAAACCAAAGCAUAUGAGAUGCUACUUGCAUGGAAAGCAAGGGUGCCAAAGCUGCCAGUAGGUGUUGACUGUACCCUCUCUAUUAUGCAAGUCUGUCUUAGAGAUCGUGAAUGGACACCUAAGAUUAAUAAUGGGGAUUUACCAAUUAGUUAUGAGAAUGACUUGUGCCUGAUGUAUUCGACCACAAUAAUGAGAUUCUUAAACCACAUAUCUAAUAUAGGACACACCAAGCAAACGUCCUUGUUUCAGAUUGCAAAGCAGCUGAACAUUCCAGAAUGGAUUGUGAAUUUAAGGCACGACACUGCUCAUGGACAUGAAUUGCCUUCCAUUGGUGUGUUGCGAAUAGCUAUAAACAUAUUAUUAACUUGGUUACACGAGGAAUAUUGGGCAGCUGAAGCCAAAAGAAUGAAGGAAUGUGUUAUCACAAAUGAGUCUGUAAAAGAAGCUCAGGAAACUGAAGAAGUACAGGAAUUUAGUGAUUUAAUUGAACUCUGGACUGCUAUUAGUUUGUACAUUCAUGCUGGAUACUCUUUAGUAAGGGAUAUUCCAGAUCCUGAAUUGAAGGUAACAAUACAAGAUCUACAUUCGUAUGCUAGUUCCUUACCAGAACAAGAUGAAGAAAAUUUAGAAAACGAUAACUAUGCAGAAUCUGCUACCAAUAACAUAAAGAAAGAUGAGAAACACACAUUGGUGACUGCAAGACUUAUUCUUUUAUCUGAAAUCUCUAGAUAUCUAAACAAAAAGACUAUUCCCAAUAAGAAGGACGUAGUUUGCGAUGUACUAUUCAAGUCGGAAGCUUUCCUACCAAAUGAAGAUGUUUUACUUAUUUUUGUUCAGGAGGAAAGCACUGGAAAUGUAUUAGGAAAUGAUCUCCUACCACUUGAUAUGCUGAACUUUUGGGAAGAUAUUAUAUCUUUAUUAUAUGAAAAAAGGAUAAUGAAGACAUUAAUUUUGGGAUUACUUAAAUUAACAAACAAUGAAGAAGCAGAUAAACACAAAAAAUUGUUAGCUUCUCUAUGGAUAAGUUCUUUAUCUUACAGUUUUUUGAAAUUGGAUGUUGCUCAUUGUAUAUCGCGAAGGUUAGAAUGUGAGCUGCAACUGACCAAUAGGAAAUUACCACCAAAAGUGUUUGAACUUAAAGUGAAGGAGGAAGUAGAGAAUACUUAUCCUCAUUUUAAACAUGUAUUAUGGUUUAAUUUAUCCAAUGUGGUGUUGCCUUGUUUAACAGAUAUAAAUUUCCUUACAAAGCUUAUAUUAAAUGUAAACGAAUUCUCUAUCAAAUUCAUAGUACCUCUUUUGGAACUAGCAGGACCUAGAAUACAUGAAAAAAAGAAGCAAUUGUUGUUAAAUUUAGUGAAAAUCUAUACAAUAGGAGAUACAACUGAAGAUGAAAGUCUUAAUGAGAAUCAGAAAACAUUUACAUUAGAAGAUGUUUAUAACAAGCAUGAUGAUUUUGUACUGAAUGUAAAUGACCAACAAAAUAAAUCUGAGGAGAGAACCUCUCGUUUCUUAGCUGAUGGAAAGGUACGAAAUACUCAUUGGAAAUUAGCAUUCGGUAAUUAUAAAUGGGCUGAAUGUCCAAUCGGUUUACUCCCAUGGCGAAUUGAUUCCAUGGAAAUCUUAGAACCACUAAAGACUGUAUCACGUCAACACAACAUUUCAGCGUUAGAAUCGGAAAUUACUCCUGGAAUUAUAGAUAGUAAAGCUUUAAAAAUGCAAAGUCAAAUAAAUUGGGACGACGUUCUGCAGAAAAAGAAACGGUUAAAGCGAAAGCAUGAACGAAGGACUGCGGAUAUUAUAAUAAAUAGAGCUCUCGAGACUGCGAAAAAACAAAAAUAG